AUGCGUUCUCUGUGGCAGUUUCUAGGUGCUUUAGUUGCGGCGAGUAGCUUGGGUCAGGCACAGGCUAGCAGUAGCACGUUGGAGACGGCGGAAGAUGUUGCAACUGCACUGAAGAGCUACGGUGUUGACGCAUCGACCGUCAAUUCAUUGCGCAGUGCAAGCAAUCAGACAACGGAGGUUGCAUGUCAAAUUGCGUGCAGCAGCUUGAUUUCCUUGUAUGGCUCUCAAGUUCUGUCCCCAGACACUACGGCCUAUAACAGUUUCACUGGCUCGUUCUGGUCCGUCCAGCAAGAAGAGGUGCAGCCACGCUGUAUUUUCAAGCCCUCCAAGAACACCGAGGUCUCCGCUGUCGUUUUAGUGUCCCGACUCACCAAGUGCCCAUUUGCGGCGAAAAGUGGUGGCCAUGCGGCCUUUGCUGGUGCAUCCAACAGCCCCGGUGGUAUCACAAUCUGGUUCACGGAUAUGAACGAGGUGACUCUUAAUGCGGACAAGUCAGUGGCCUCAAUUGGUCCUGGUAAUGUCUGGGGUUCGGUCUACGAGGCUCUCGAGCCCUAUGGCCUGGCCGUUGUCGGAGGUCGUGCUUCUAGCAUCGGAGUCGGUGGAUUCACCACUGGCGGUGGCAUCUCCUUCUACUCCAACCUGUACGGAUGGGCUAUUGAUAACGUCGAGAGCUUUGAGGUUGUCACCGCUAGCGGCCUCAUCGUCACCGCCACUGAGAAUAAAAAUUCCGAUCUGUACUGGGGUCUCCGUGGAGGCGGCAAUAACCUCGGUCUCGUCACCAAGUUCAACCUCUACACCUGUCCGAGCCCGAUGAUGGUCGGUGACACGAGAGUAUUCCUCGAGACGGAAUUCGACCCUGUCAUCAACGCCUUCGUCAAUCUCGUCCACGAAGCCCCGAACGACGGUAACGCGCAAUACUACAUUGCCUUCCUGAGCACGGAGGGAAUGAACGUCGCCUCGGCCGAACUCACCUAUGUGAAGAACGUGACCAACCCCCCGAUCUACGAACAGAUCAGGUCCAUCCCAGCUAUAUCAGACAACACGACCUCCAAGACCCUCGUGCAGUACGCCGAGUAUAUCGACUCUGACAAUCCGAAUGGGCUGCGUGAGGUCUACUGGCCGAUCUCCACGUAUCUCAACGAAGAGCUCGCCAAGUGGACGGUUGACUAUUUCUUCUCAGUCAUUCCACAGGUCGCCAAUGUGACCGGUGCUCAGCCGGUGCUGAUCUACCAGGCCCUGACAGAGCCAAUGCUGAAAAACAUGACCAAGUACGGAGGCAAUGCCCUGGGUCUUGAGGCAUCCAAGGGACCCGUGCACUUGAUGCACGUUUCAUUCUGGUGGGAUGAUGCCUCAGACGACGAGACGGUGUACAGUUGGGUCGGCAGCUUCUGGGACACGGUCCUUGCCAAGGCGAAGGAUAUGGGAGUUUACAAUGAGUGGGUCUACAUGAACUACGCCAGCCAGUUCCAGGAUGUCAUUGCCGGCUACGGCGCGGAGAAUAAGGCUCGCCUGCAGCAGGUCGCCGCCAAAUACGACCCUGAGGGUGUCUGGCAGACUCUCCAGCCAGGAUACUUUAAGCUGACGCAUGCGCCAGUGACUAAGUCGCCCUGA